UGCGGCGUCUGUCAGUAGAGUUCCGAAACCGAACGCGGAAGGUUGUGCCCUCAAGAAAGCGAUACCAUCUCCUGGUCCCCUCGAACUCGAACUCGAAUCGCUCGAAAGAUCCCCGGGCUCUGCGUCUGCGGCAGGAUAAUAAAGCGUGACGCGUGUGCGUAACAUAAAAAUAACCAUAAAGCAAAUGCUCUGAACUCCGGACGGAAUAAAUGAAGUGAGGUGAAGUAGUGAGGCGAAUGAAAAACAAAAACCGACGAAGGCAAACGGAAUUCCUUCAAAAAUCGGCAAAUAAACAAGAAGUAAGAAGAGCACACACCGGUUUUGUGCGAAAGAAGCGAAGGAAGUACGAAGUGAAAUCAAAAGAAUUUUUCGGCUCGAAAUGAGGCUGAACGGAAGACGAUUGUUGAGCUGCGGCCUGGGAUUCUUCUGCCUGAUCUUGUGCUCUUACGCCGCACCUUUAUCUUUUGAGGAUGUGAGCAUCGCCAAGGGUCCCCAGACCUCGAUAACCAUCAAGGAACAGAGUCCUUUGCAAUUGCCCUGCGACUACCAAAUGCCGGAUAUGUAUCUUCAGGGCAAUAGCGUCAUCCUGCGCUGGCGGAAGGAUAACAAAACGUUCCGUCAAACGGAGCUGGGAAGGAUGAGCAGCACCACCAGAGAGCCCCAGCUGGAAACCAUGGUGCGCGAGGAUUCGCGAGUGGCCUUGAAUAAGGAGAGUGGCUCCCUGCAAUUCAACAGUGUUCUAGCCAGCGAUGCCGGUCAGUAUCAGUGCCAAGUGGUCAUCGAUGGUUCUGUGGCAGCAAGUUCAAUUUCCGGAGUCCUCAUGGUCAUAGAACAACUUAAGUUCGUGCCACAGCCGACCUCCAAGAACUUGGAAUUGGGUUCUCUGAGUAAAGUCCACUGCAAAGCACAGGGAACACCACCUCCACAAGUUAAAUGGAUGAGGGAAACCCAACUGCCGCUGCCCGCAAAUGUGACCGACCAGAAUGGCACGCUGAUCUUCAACCAUGUGACCAAUGAGCAGCGUGGUCAGUACACCUGCAUAGCCUCGAAUAGCCAGGGUCAGAUCAGUGCCACCGUGUCCAUCAAUGUGGUGGUAGCGCCCAAGUUCAGUGUUCCGCCCGAGGGACCCAUUGAGGUGGCGGAAACCGGAACAGCGGUGAUCCACUGCCAGGCUAUCGGAGAACCAAAGCCCACGAUUCGCUGGGACAAGGAUCUCACCUAUUUGAACGAGAACAACACGGAUGCGGAACGCUUUUUGCUGAUGGAGAACGGAACACUGGAAAUCAGGAAUGUCCGCCCGGAGGAUGAGGGGCGGUACGGCUGCACAAUUGGCAGCAGUGCGGGAUUAAAGCGCGAAGAUGUCCUGCUGGUGGUGAAGUCUAGUAAAUCUGCCUCCAAUUCGAUAGUGACCAGGAUUAUCAUCGUGAUCAUUUGCCUGGCCUUCUUGUACUUUGUGCUGGUGCUGGGCUUGAAGGUGUGGUACCGCUACCGUCGUCACCUGGGCAAGGUCCAGUUGGAGGACGGCCACGCCAAUGGACCCACCGAUGGCCAGGAGCAUGAUCAUCCCGAAAACGAGCCCUGUCUGACGGAGGCCAAUUCGAGCAAGAAUCUGAAGAGCAAACUGAGGGAAAGCGUUAUCCUAGAGCAGGAAUCCCAGGUGGCCGAUGAUAUUGUAUAAGGAGUUCGUGUCCUCUGGAGCCACUUCUCAGCCGCUUUCCAUGAUCUCGGUCACAUGCUCCUCGAGUGUUACUCCGUUUUGUUGUUGAGAAUCAAUAAGGAACUUGUGAAAUCCCCCAGAAAUCUAUUUGUAUUUAUAUUUAUCUAGUUUAUAUAUAUAUAUAUGUAUUUAUGCAUGUGUGUGUCUGUGUGUAUAUAUCCCAUGUACAGUUAUUUUUUAGUAGAAUAAAUAUUUUAUGGCUCUCAUAGAGCCCCAUUUUA